UGACACUUGAUUAUCAGCGCUGCUCGCAGUUCGCGGCCAGUUCCAACUGUGUGCAGACGUUCGUCCCCGGCAAGACAAAAACUUUGGAAAAAAAACCGGAAAAAAUAAAUUUACAUUAGUGCAGCGGAAACUCGGCUUGGGCGGCUAUUUGGCCAGUGAAAGUGGCAACAACAAAGAGAAAGGAUAAAAGAAAGGAGUACGACAUUUAGGCAAAACUUUCGCACUUUGGUUGGCACUUUAGUGGAUGUCGAAGCCAGACCAGAGCUGGGAAUAUGAGAAAAACCUUCGCUGAUGUCUGGCUCCUGCUGCACUGCGUGUGUCUGAGCCGGGCCAGCUUCUCGGAGUUAAACAACUCGGAUCCCAAGUUCAGUGGCCCCAUCAACAAUGUAACCAGUCCCGUGGGACGCGAGGCACUGCUCACUUGUGUGGUCCACGAGCUGGUUAGCUUCAAGGUGGCCUGGCUGCGGGUGGACACGCAGACCAUUCUCAGCAUACAAAACCAUGUCAUCACCAAGAAUCAUCGCAUUGCCAUCUCCCACACGGAGCAUCGCAUCUGGCAGCUGAAGAUACGCGAUGUCCAGGAAUCAGAUCGCGGAUGGUACAUGUGCCAAAUCAACACAGAUCCCAUGAAGAGUCAAAUGGGUUACCUGGAUGUGGUGGUGCCACCCGAUAUCGUUGACUUUCAGACCAGCCAGGAUGUGGUGCGUGCCACGGGACAGAACGUGACACUCACUUGCUAUGCAACAGGCGUCCCCACGCCUACCAUCACCUGGCGCCGCGAGGAGUCUACCCCACUCUGGCUAACAGACGAGGGCGAUCGAGAAGUCUACAGCGUCGAAGGACAAAAUCUCACGCUGUGGCAAGUGCAGAGGACUCACAUGGGUGCCUAUCUCUGCAUCGCUUCCAAUGGCGUUCCUCCAACGGUGAGCAAGCGCGUCAUGCUGGUGGUGAACUUUGCGCCCACAAUCUGGACACGAUAUGAUACCAUUUAUGUGGGUUUGGGUCAGAAAGUGACCCUGGAAUGCAUCACAGAAUCGCAGCCGGCAUCAGUGAACUUCUGGCUGAAGGACACGGAGCUGCUGCAAGGUGGCUCAUACGAGUCCGUCGCAGUGGAUCACGCCUAUCGGAUUGUGAUGCGCAUCACUCUGAGACCGGUGACCAAGCGAGACUUUGGCGAGUACAAAUGCAUAGCGAAGAAUGCGCUGGGCGAAACGGAGCGGAGUAUCACAGUGCAUCGUAAGUCGGUCCGGUCCACAUACAACGAUCUAUAUCUUACGCAGUCAUCUCUUUCUGUGAUCACAGAUAAAGCCAAGAAGCACGGACAGCAUUCGCACCAAACAUCCGCGCACGAGAGUCAAUUCAUUGUCAUCGAAGAAUACUUGGCUAAUAUGGCUCAUCGGUUCUGUAGUUUUCAUUCGGUUUGGCUGAUACUUUUGUGUUUUGUGAAUAAAGUUUCCAGUUUUUGAACAGUCAAA